AUGGAUGAAGUUAUCCCUUUGGUCCAAAGAAUAGAAAAAACCAAACCAAUGACAAAAUGAUGGAGUUGGAAUAUCCUUUCGUGCCUAAUUCUAUUCUUCUUUUAAUUUCCUAGGGUAACCGCAUGUAUACUUUCCAAAAACACUCCGUUGUAUUAAUUGUCCUAAAACACUUGCCUUAAGCACAAAUCCAUUUAUCAAUUGUUUUUUUACAAAACCAAGGCAAAUCUAUAACACCCAGUAAUUGAUUUUUUUGUUCCUCAUUUGUAAACACAUCAAUACUUUUUUCAAGAAAGGUAUAGUCCAUAUCUUCUUUCAGCUGUAAUUAUUGAAGGGUUCAGCUUGUUGAAUUUUGGUGGAGGAUUAAUUAGCAUGUUACUGCACUUCCUGUUUACACUACCCAGUGCAGAGAAGUGAAAUCAAAGGGAACCAAGAGGAGAGUGCUCACAUCUGUAGAAAGUAGCUGAGGAGAUAUCACACAGGGAAAUGGUUUUGCCCAGGUUGACUUUCAAACAAGAAAUUUUAUCACUGUUGGUUCAGUAUUAUUGAGGUAGAUGCAAGCUUGGUAGUAAUGUCUGUACUCAUUGAAGGGCUUCCUGAUGCUGUUGCCUUAAGGUGUCUUGCACGGGUUCCGCUAUAUCUUCAUCCCAAGUUAGAACUUGUUUCCCAUUCCUGGCGAGCUGCUAUUCGAAGUAGUGAACUAUUCAAGGCAAGAAAGGAGGUUAAUUCAUCUGAAGAAUUUUUAUGUGUCUGCGCCUUCGACCCUGAUAAUAUAUGGCAACUUUACGAUCCUAUGCGUGAUCUUUGGAUUACCCUGCCACUUCUUCCCUCAAACAUCAGACAUCUUGCUCACUUUGGUGUGGUUUCUACUGCUGGAAAACUCUUUGUUCUAGGUGGUGGUAGCGAUGCCGUGGAUCCAUUGACUGGUGACCAAGAUGGAAGUUUUGCCACUGAUGAGGUCUGGUCAUAUGACCCCGUGACCCGAGAAUGGAGUCUCUGCACGUCUAUGAUUGUGCCUCGAGCCAUGUUCGCUUGUUGUGUGUUUGAUGGGAAGAUAGUUGUUGCAGGGGGUUUUACUAACUGCAGAAAGUCAAUUUGUAGAGCAGAAAUCUAUGAUCCCGAGAAGAAUGUUUGGGAUCCAAUCCCUGAUCUCCAUCACACACACAACUCUGCAUGCUCAGGAGUGGUUAUUGGCGGUAAAGUUCACGUAUUGCACAAAGGUUUGUCAACCGUUCAGGUUUUGGAAAACGUGAAACAGGGUUGGACCGUGCAUGAGUAUGGUUGGCUCCAAGGCCCGAUGGCUGUUGUUAAGGGAGAGCUUUAUGUACUGAGUCAUUGGCUCAUUUACAGGCAGGAAAGAGAAACAAGGAAGAUGGUAGUUUCAGCAUCUGAGUUCCGUAGAAGAAUUGGAUUUGCAAUGAUAGGUCUGGGAGAUGAUAUCUAUAUUGUUGGAGGGGUUAUUGGACCCGAGCGAUGGAAUUGGGACAUUAAAUUGCUGUCUGAUGUUGAUGUUCUGACACUUGGGAGUGAGAGGCAAGUGUGGCGUCAAGUUACUCCAAUGACAAGGUGUAGAGGUACGGUCCUUGGCUGCACGCAGAUUAGACUAUAGGUCAUGUAUAAUGGAUCGAAUUCCAUUGCAGUUUUCGAUACCUUGAAUGCUGGCGAUUUUUAGCAUGAAAAAUACACGUAUUUGCAUCAAGGAGGUUUCGUUUCUCAAAAUUUUCGUUUCCUUGUGUUGUCUGUAUGGAGAUAAAUUAGUUUGUUGCUCUGCUUGAUUCUUUUCUAUAAGCAAUGGGUAUGUUUUGUCUAUUGUCAGCAAA